GUUGGGCGGGGCCAGCGAGGCUGCUGGAGCGGCUGGACGCGAGGCUCCAGCAGAGUCCAGGGGACGGUUGCUGAGCGGGCCUGGGAACCCAGGUCUCUGCUCCCCACGGCCAGACCUUCUGUCGGAUCCCGAGUGAGCUAACCCGAGCCUGCGCCGGACGGACGGGCUGGACUGAGAGAAUUCCCUCAGCUGGUUUCAGGUGCCAUAGGCACUGGGGAUAUCACCAGGAAGGUCUCGACAGAGCUAAGGGCCAGCAGGAUGGCAGACGAGGCCUUAGCUGGGCUGGAUGAGGGAGCCCUCCGGAAAUUGCUAGAGGUCACAUCAGAUCUGGCAGAGCGGCGGCGCAUUCGUUCAGCGAUCCGGGAGCUGCAGCGGCAGGAGCUGGAGCGCGAGGAGGAAGCCCUGGCAUCAAAGCGCUUCCGUGCUGAGCGACAGGACAACAAGGAGAACUGGCUGCACUCUCAGCAUCGGGAAGCUGAACAGCGGGCUGCCCUAGCACAGCUGGCAAAGCAGCUGGAGUCCAUGAAUGAUGUGGAGGAGCUAACCACGCUGCUGCGAAGUGCUGGUGAGUAUGAGGAACGCAAGCUGAUCCGAGCUGCCAUCCGCCGUGUACGGGCUCAGGAAAUUGAGGCUGCUACUGUAGCUGGGAGAUUGUGCAGUGGGCGUCCCAACAGUAGCUCCAGAGAGGAGAGCAAGGAGCAAGCAGCACAUAGGCUGGAACAGUGUGAGGUGCCAGAGCACAAGGAACAAGAACAGCAGACAGAAGUCUCAGAGCCAACUCCAACACCUGAGGAUACCAGCCAGGAUGUGACUACAGUGACACUCUUGCUGAGGCCCCCACCUGGGGACACACCUAGCUCAACUGCCUCACCUGACAAUUCACCCUCCACUGCUUCACCUGAGCCUCCACUGGAACUAGCUGGAGCCCAAUGUGCUGCUGCUGAGGCUCCAGGCGACCCUGAGCCACCUCCCAGAACCCCCAGGACUCCCACCCCUGAGCUUCCAGAGUCACUGGCCCAACCCAACAUGGAAAGGCAGGCAGCCAACAAGCUCCUACCUGGCUCCACAGAGCCUCCAGCUGCCCAAUCCCCCACCAGAGGCCCCUCCAACAAAAACAGAGCAGACCUGGCUGGACCCCAACCCUGUCAGCGUUCUCUGUCCGUGCUCAGCCCCCGACAGCCAACCCAGAAUCAAGAGUCCACCCCCCUUGGCAUUGGACAUUCCCCAUUCCAUCGGGCUGGCUCUGUGAGGGAUCGUGUCCGCAAGUUCGCAUCUGAUUCACCUAUGGCUGCCAGGCUUCAUGAUGGGCCAACUCGAGCAACCCUUGGUUCCCCAACUCCCACAAGACUUCUGGGCUCCUCUGUCAUCAUCAGUACCACCCCUGCCUCCUCCUCUAGAAGCUCCUCCUCUCGGGGCCCCAGUAACACCUCCUCUGAGUCCAGCAAGGAGCAAAGAGGAACAACACAGCCCCUGGCCCAGCUUCAGAGCUGCCCGCAAGAGGAGGGCCCCAGAGGGCGGGGCUUGGCUGCCAGGUCCCUUGAAAACAGAGCAGGGGAGCCCGUGGCCUGCUCAGAGGAACCCAGUGCCCCGCUGCCUGUGGCUGUCAGUGCUGCUGAGCCAGGGGGCAGUAUGAAGACCACAUUCACCAUCGAGAUCAAGGAUGGCCGUGGCCAGGCUUCCACAGGCCGGGUGCUACUACCCACAAGCAACCAGAGGGCAGAACUGACACUGGGGCUGCGGACACCCCCCACCCUCCUCAACACCGGCAGUGGCAACAAGAGCACCAUCACCCAUGUCAGCAGCCCUGGGACCCUCACCCGGAUGGGCGGUGUCACUCAAGUCACCACUUUCAGCCAUGCCUCCCCUGGUAGCCGAAGAGGCUGCAGCACUAAGGCGGCUGAGGAUGCUGGAACCCCUGUAGCCCACCCACCUGCCUUCAGCACUCGCCGCUGCUCCUCCACUGGCCCCACCCACAGCAGCAGUCUCAUGGAGCCAGAGCCUGUGCAGCCUCCCUUUACAGCAGUGGAAGCUGCUAAUGGUGCAGAGAAGACCCAGGUGGACAAAGCACCACAGGGGCAGAGCCCAUUGAGCACUGAGGAGUUGAUGGCCAUUGAGGAUGAAGGAGUCUUGGACAAGAUGCUGGAUCAGAGCACAGACUUUGAGGAGCGAAAGCGCAUCCGGGCUGCACUCCGUGAACUCAGGCAAAGGAAGAGAGACCAGCGGGACAAGGAACGGGAACAGCGACUGCAGGAGGCACGAGGCCGGCCAGGGGAGAGGCGAAGCAACACAUCCACAGAGAUGACCACAACGCACAGCCAGAGAGCAGCUGAUGGCUCUGCUGUCAGCACUGUUACCAAGACCGAGCGGCUUGUCCAGUCCAAUGAUGGUACACGGACAGCCCGCACCACCACAGUGGAGUCAAGUUUUGUGAGGCGCUCGGAGAAUGGCAGUGGCAGCACUACAGUGCAAACCAAGACCUUCUCGUCUUCCUCUUCUUCAUCUAAGAAAAUGGGCAGCAUCUUUGACCGAGAGGACCAGGCCAGCCCACGGUCUGGAAGCCUGGCAGCACUUGAAAAACGCCAGGCAGAGAAAAAGAAAGAACUGAUGAAGGCACAGAGUCUGCCCAAGACCUCAGCAUCGCAAGCUCGCAAAGCCAUGAUUGAGAAGCUGGAGAAAGAAGGCACCUCUGGAAGCCCUGGUGGACCUCGCACAGGUGUGCAGCGCUCCACAAGCUUUGGGGUUCCUAACGCCAACAGUAUCAAGCAGAUGUUGCUGGACUGGUGCCGAGCCAAGACACGUGGCUAUGAGCAUGUGGACAUCCAGAACUUCUCCUCCAGCUGGAGUGAUGGCAUGGCUUUCUGUGCCCUGGUACACAACUUCUUCCCUGAGGCUUUUGACUAUGGGCAGCUUAGCCCACAGAACCGGCGCCAGAACUUUGAAGUGGCCUUCUCAUCUGCUGAGACCCAUGCGGACUGCCCGCAACUCCUGGAUACAGAGGACAUGGUGCGGCUUCGAGAGCCUGACUGGAAGUGCGUGUACACGUACAUCCAGGAGUUCUACCGCUGUCUGGUCCAGAAGGGGCUGGUAAAAACCAAAAAGUCCUAACCCCUGCUCCGGGCCCCACGGAUGUUGGUGGACUGCGUGCCCCUGGUGGAGGUAGAGGACAUGAUGAUCAUGGGCAAGAAGCCCGACCCCAAGUGCGUCUUCACCUAUGUGCAGUCGCUCUACAACCACCUGCGGCGCCACGAGCUGCGCCUGCGUGGCAAGGAUGUCUAGCCUCCCCCACAGAUCGCCCGCAGCAGGGUGCCACCCCCACCCUCCCGGCACCGUCCCCUCCCUGUGCGCCUGCCCACCGCUGCCCUAUCUGUCGCGACACCCUCCCCCGCAUACACUCGCAGUGUUUUGAUAAAUUAUUGGUUUUCAACGA